UGGAACUGUGACUGUACAAAAGACGUCCAAUAAUCCAAGAGCAUAAGAGAGAGAGAGAGAGAGAGAGGCCCAAACCUCCUGUUGCAGUUUGCACCGUCUGAAGAAGGAAAAGAACUACUGUACUGUUUUUAUUUAUAGGGUCAUGUUGCCCCAUACUAGAGCUCGGAGUAUAAGUGGGUGUCCAGAGGGGCCAUAUCGGGCGGUAGAAAGUAUGGAUGCUCUCGCCCAACAGGCCUUUGAGGGUGUUGACACGCUGGACAAACUUUUCUUGCAUGCUGUUAAAAGAUUCGGUAAGGCACCAUGUCUGGGCACCCGAGAGGUCUUUAGUGAAGAAGAAGAAACACAGCCUAAUGGGAAGAUCUUUAAGAAGUUGGUGCUGGGGGACUACAGCUGGAGGAGCUAUGAAGAGGUCAGCCAGACAGUGGAAUCAUUUGGCAGAGGUCUAGCAGCUUUGGGUCAACGGCCACGUAAUACCAUUGCCAUAUUCUGUGAGACACGGGCAGAAUGGAUGAUCACAGCACAGGCCUGCUUCAGAUGCAACUACCCAUUGGUAACGCUGUAUGCUACUCUGGGAGAGGAUGCUGUAGCUUAUGGACUUAAUCAGUGUGGAGCCACUCAUCUGAUCACCAGCACAGAACUACUGCAGACCAAACUGAAGGGUGUUUUUAGUGCAGUGUCUGGGUUGCAGCAUGUUAUCUAUGCAGGCAGUGGAAGUGUAUGUCGGGCUGAUUACCCACAAUCUCUCACCAUCCACAGUGUGCAGGAAGUAAUGGAACUGGGGUCGAAGCCAGAGAACUUAAAUGUAGAGUAUGAGAGGCCAGUUGCAUCUGAUCUUGCAGUGGUGAUGUACACAAGUGGAUCUACAGGGCGGCCCAAAGGAGUGAAGAUGCAACACAGAAAUCUGAUUGCAGGAAUGGCGGGUCAGUGCCAGAGGAUCCCAGGUCUUGGGUCACAGGACACAUAUAUAGCUUAUCUCCCAUUGGCUCAUGUACUGGAACUGACUGCAGAAAUAUCCUGUGUGUCAUAUGGCUGCAGGGUCGGGUACUCCUCCCCACUCACACUCACAGACCAGUCUAGUAAAAUAAAGAGUGGUGGUAAAGGAGAUUGCUCUGUGCUUAAACCCACCCUCAUUGCUGCAGUACCGGAGAUCAUGGAUCGUAUCUUUAAAAAUGUUCAUGGGAAGUUGAGAGAGAUGUCAUUGGUGCAGAGGACUCUGUUCAAAAUGGGAUACAAUUAUAAACUGCAGCAGGUUUUACGAGGAGCUGAUUCUCCGGUGUGUAACAUGUUGUUGUUUAAACGUGUGAGUGGGUUGCUGGGAGGGUGUGUGCGUCGGAUGUUAUGUGGAGGGGCUCCACUGUCCGCUUCCACCCAGAGAUUUAUAAAUGUGUGUUUCUGCCCUGUGGCCGUGGGAUAUGGCCUCACAGAAACGUGUGGAGCAGGAACUAUCUCAGACUCUUCUGAUUACAGUGCAGGACGAGUUGGAGCACCUCUCAUUUGCUCUGAAAUAAAACUGCGAGACUGGCCUGAGGGUGGAUACACCAGUCAGGACAAGCCACACCCACGAGGGGAGAUUUUAAUUGGUGGGCCAAAUGUUGCAAUGGGAUACUAUGGGAGUGAGGGGGAGGGAGAGAAUGAAAACUUCUGGGUGGACGAGGCGGGACAGCGCUGGUUUUGUACUGGAGAUGUCGGGGAAGUUCAUCCAGACGGUUGUCUGCAGAUUGUUGACCGUAAGAAGGACCUGGUCAAGCUGCAGGCAGGUGAAUACGUGUCUCUGGGGAAGGUAGAAGCCGCCUUGAAAAACAGCCCCCUCAUUGAUAACAUCUGUGUCUAUGCCAGCAGUGAUCAGAACUACUUGAUCAGCUUUGUGGUGCCCAAUCAGAAACAACUGACUGAGCUGGCCAAAAAGAAUGGUAUAGAGGGAGAGUGGGAGGAGCUUUGCAACCAUGCCAUGAUGGAGGAAGAAGUGCUAAAAGUCAUCAAAGAGAUUGCAGUCACUAGUAAACUGGAGAGGUUUGAAGUUCCCCAGAAGAUCCGGUUAAGUUCUGAGGUUUGGACUCCAGAAACAGGGCUUGUGACAGAUGCCUUCAAACUGAAGAGAAAAGAGCUGAAACAACAUUAUAUAAAGGACAUUGAUAGGUUAUAUGGCGCUAAAUGAUGUACAUGUACUAAACAUAGCCUGAAUCCCAAUUUGGAUACUAGCCAACCUAUAAAGAAUGGCACGUAAAUUAUUCAUCCCAAAUCAUAGUACAAUGAAAAUAGUAUGUUAAAGCAGCACAGAUGUUAAACGGUUCAUGUUAUGUCACGUUAUACUCUUUUACAACAUACCUCAAAGUAUGAUCCUUUUAUACAUAGUAUGCCAAGUGGGAUUCACAAUCACUGAAAAUCCUGCUGAUCUCAGUAGUAGAGAAGAUAUACCAUUCUGUCCCCUGCUGGAUGUAUAUGAUCAUUACUUCCUCUGUGAGUAAGUAACAACUUGUAUGGAGCAUGUAUGUAAAGUUUUUUAUUUUUUAUAUUUGUAUAUUUUUAAAGGUGCUUUAAAGCAGAUUUUACUAUUGCAAAUAUUUUGUUAAGUGUUCAACACUUAUGCAACCUUUACUUGAAAGAGUGUUUAGGAUAUAAUGUCACACUUUCUUUUUUUUUUUUGCUUGAUUGUUUAUUUGCAAAUUUUGAGUCAGUUUAUUAUUUGAUUGUUUUGACUCUGAGUUAGUGGUACAGUGGAGUUGAGUGUUCAUUUUUGAAGGCGAGACUGGUAGUAACACAUUACUCAAGAACUACAGAAAUCUGUCUGUGAACUGUGUAAACUAUGUAAUAUAAUAAUAAUGGAAGAAUUUAUGUUAUAUAUAUAUAUAUAUAUAUAUAUAUAUAUUGGGGAAAAGAGAGUUUUAAAGUGCCAUUCAAAAAUAGGAUUUUUGAACAGUAUGGGCGUGAAAGGGAAGACCGUUUUUGUCCUAUAUGUAUACAUUUAUUCUCUUAUAGAUAGGUGCACAUGAGAUGAGUCAUGGUCAAACAGACAAAGAAUGGGCUCAUAGCACCCCAUAUAUGUGUGUUAGAGAUAAAGCAGGGGAAAAUAUUUUUGCAUGUUUUGGUAGUUUACAGUAUUGUAUGGUUUUAUUGCUGUAAACUAUUCCGUCAUGUCUCAGUUUAAACAUUUCUUGUCAUAUUCGUUAUUUAGCUCAACAAAACAAACAUCCUGUUAUUGCCCCAGAUAGCCCAGAUACAUCUCCCAGAUUCACCUGGAAAGCAUCACAAUCUAAUUAACGUCUGCUAAAGAUCUUAAAAUGAUCAUAUUUACAAAGAUUCUAAAUCAUUAACGUCUCAAAGACAUCUGCUGAAUGCCUGAUUGACCUCUGAGACAUACGUCUUAUUGACUUAUUGCAGAUGAGCAAACAACGCUAAAAAUACAUCUUACAGUGGUAAACACACAUCAAAUAGACGUCUAGGUGAUGUACCCGUGCUAUCAGGGGCUGUGCUGUUUGUUGUCAGUCCUGUCGUCCACUGUUUUACUCUUUUAUUUGACAAAUAUAGCAAGAACUUUUCUUUUUACAAUUUUAAUUAAUUUUAUAUGAGGUAACUUUAUAUCUUUUGGAUCAGCUCAUGACCUUUUCUCUAAUUUCCUAAGAAAUGACGUUUGAAGAUAAGACUACAUUGAUACUGUGUCCUAUUCUCAUUUUCCAUCUAAACACGAAUCCUCAUAGCUCAGUAUCAGUCCACACACUUUGGUCACUACUAACUUGAUUUGCUCAUUUUAGGUGUGUCACUUUGAAAUGUAAGUGUCAAGUCAUAAUAUAGAAUCCAUUUCAGCAUUACAAACUAAUUCCUGUCCUUUCAUUUUGACAUCUCUUACACUGAGUUUCUAGACGUCUUAUCUAAUUUACUGAGUGAAAUAUGCACUCAGUAGACUAAUAUGUCCUCUUGGUAGGGUGACCAGAUUCCUGCUUGUGGAAAACGGGACAGCCCUCUCCCAGUAAAAAUGAAACCGACGUAUCCUUUACCUAGGCGCAGAUCAGUGCGAAGUAGAGGGUGCAUCCGCAUCUGUAACUGUUGUCAACUUGUACUUUUCGCUGGCAGCAAUAUUUCUCAGUGUGCGCUUGUCUUUCAAGAGUUUAUCGUAAAAUGCAGAGCAGUCCAGUCCAAAAUUAAGAUGUAUGAAAAGCAUUGCCUUCAUGACUGUUACACUGAGUCAAGAUUUAUCCGGUGUCCAUGCUGCGUUCAUUAAUGAGAACACACGCUCCACAGUGCAGAUGUUCCAGGCAGGCAUAAAACAAACUCCAUCACCUUGGCUAAGACUCCGAAGUUUAUGGUCUUUUUCAGAAUAAGUCGGGAUACUAGAAAAAGUGCUUAAAUACGGGACUGUCCUGGGAAAAACGGGAUGUCUGGCCACGCUAACCCUAACUCUUGGACUUGCACUGGCACCUAGGGGCGUGGAUGCCGCAUCAUUCAAACACAGUAGUUUGUAGUUACCGAUGCCAUUGGAGAAAUUAUUAUUGUUCACAAUCAGCCAUUAAUGCUGCCUUCCCGUGCUAUCGGAUUAUCGUAAAUUCGAGUUUCCCACUCAGAAGUUGUACAUGAAUGACCCCUCAAGUCACAAUAGAGCGCAACAGUGCCUGCCCACUUUUUCAGCCGUCUGGGUUCCGGAAGUAUUUCCCCCAUUCAUUUCUUCCAUAGACUUUUAAUAAAAUCCUUCAUAAAAGAGUUGUGAACCAUGAACCAAACCAACCAGCUCCAAGGUGAAUCACAACAUCACCAACUUUGAGGCAAAAAAGUAUUUGAAAAUCGGACAUAAAGUCAAAGGUACAGGGCUGUUUACUUACUGUCUUUCCUAAGGGCACAAACUACAAUCCCAUGAAGCAUUGCGAAUGAUGUAAUUGAAUAUAAAACUAUGGAAAUAUAUAAAACUAUUGAAUUUAGGUUGUUGAAUAUAAGUAUAGAAACAAUAUAUUUUCCGUUUAUUGCAAAAUAUCCCGAUAUGUACAAAUAUAUAAGUAGUUUAAGGGUGAAUGAAGACCGACUCAAUUACGUCAUUCACAGUGCGUCAUGGGAGCGCGCGGUCGCUCCGAGCAACGUUUCGUUGGACGCGGUUCUCUGAUUGGUGAAGCUUUCUCUGAUGUACUAUGGGUAAUGUAGUUGUUUAUCAUGAAUUCUGCUAUCAAACACGAUUUGUAAUCAAUGAAGUUGAGAUAACGCAGACAGAUGGCUUCAACAAAAGCAUAUAUCAUCGAUGAACAGCCUCGUAGUUCACGGUAUGUCUGUCUUAAAAGAUUUAUAAGUUAUAAUUGAAAAUCAAUUUAUCUAUGGGAUAAAUGAAUGGGAAACUUUUGAUACCCGAGUUUCCGAGAUGAGAGGAGUUCUAAACUUUAAACAAGGUGGAGGAGAGUACAGUUUCUGUUUUGCAUGACAGAUCUUGUUAAUUUUUCUAAAUACAGCUAAUUGUUAGCACUUGCCAUUUUGGUCAUAUUCAUUUAUGUAUAUCAGCAACCAUUCUAUGCAUGUUGUAAAUUUUUACACUGUGAAAUUAGCUUGUAUUUGACCAAAAUUCCAUUAUUGUCAGCAAGCUAACUGAGUAAUAUGUAUUAUGGUGUCAAAAUAAAAGUUCCUCAGAAAUAUGUAUGAAUUAACCUGGCGUCGUCCAUGUUUCCUGUUCUUUCCGACAACAAAGCACGUGAAAACGACAUACCACUUCAGAAGUAGGAUAAUUCCGAUAGCACAUGAAGGCAGCACAGUUUAAUCCAUGAUGAGUGAAAGUGUCCAAUAACAAGGUGGUUAAUAGUAUUCAGCUGGUAAUAUGAUUCUAACAUGGCCGCCCCCAUGAGGGGACCCUCUCCAUGUAGGAUAAAACACCUUUUAUAAGGUUACAUGAUAUGACUUAAUCUUCGUCUCAUGUGAGUGCUCAGGUUUAACCAUUCCCCAUACUGUCCACCCUGCUGGAAAGAAAAGAAAGAAAGAAAGAAAAAAAAAAAAAACAGCUCCUAGUGUGUUUAUUUUUUUUUAAGGCAUACUGUCCUUUUCAAUCUUGCACCUCCAAUGGAAACAAACAAACAAAAAAAAAAAAAAAAAAAAAAAACAUAA